AUGAUGCGCCCUCUGGGCGGAAACCCCGCUCGAGGCAGCUGGACGGCGGCAUCUUUUGUGCGGCUAGCAAAGCACCGUGCGCGCGACCCGCAGCGGACAGUUCCGAUAUUCGUCCGAUGGCAGUCGACACAAACCGAAGAGCGCAAGACGCUCGCAUUAACUUCACAGGCGCGGCACAACGAAAUUGGGAUCCAGCACGGUGGCAAGCCUCCAUCGCCUGAACUGGUCGAGCUGGCAAGGGACCAUUUGCGACGCCAAGACCUGCUGGGCAAAAACACCGACAACACCGCACCGAUUGCCUUUGACGUUCCCCCGCUGCAUGGCCAGACGCUCGACGAGCAUUUUUUCAAGCUGGGCACCGACGCCGCCGAGCCCUUUUUGGGAUAUGCGAAACAGUUUGCCUGUGCCAACACACAACCGAAGCCCCGGAAAUGGGUACGGCGCAGCGGAUGGACCAAGUACUACCCAGACGGGCGGACCGAGGCGGUCGAUGCACCAGACGAGGCGAUGCUCGUGUUCGACACAGAAGUCAUGUGGAAGGAAAGCCCAUUUGCUGUUAUGGCGUGUGCCGCUAGCCCGACGGCAUGGUACGCCUGGCUGUCGCCGUGGCUGCUCGGCGAGACGGAGAACGACUGCAACUUGAUACCGCUGGGCGACCCGACAAAAGACCGCAUCGUGGUCGGCCACAACGUCGGCUACGACCGUGCGCGUGUACUUGAGGAAUACGAUCUGAAGCAGUCUCGAAACGCCUUCUUGGACACCAUGUCGCUGCACGUGGCCGUCAACGGCAUGUGUUCGCAGCAGCGGCCGACAUGGAUGAAGCACAAGAAGAACCGGGAGCUGCGCGACCGCAUUGCCAAGGAGACGGACAAUUUCGAGCUGUCGCAGCUGCUGCAAAACAAUGCAUUGCACGCGGAGGAAGAGGAGCUGUGGGUCGACCGCAGCUCGGUGAAUUCGCUGCGCGACGUGGCCAAGUUCCACCUUCACAUUGCCAUGGACAAGACUGCGCGCGACGAGUUUGGUGAGCAGGACCGCGAGGGCGUGCUGAGCAAGCUGGACGAGCUGCUCGACUACUGUGCGGCCGACGUGGCCGUCACGCACCGCGUCUUCCAGAUUGUGUUUCCCAACUUUCUCGAGGUGUGCCCGCACCCUGUCAGCUUUGCCGCUUUGCGCCACCUCGCGUCCGUCAUCCUUCCCGUGAACAAAUCGUGGGAGUCGUACAUUGCCAACGCCGAAGCGACAUACCGCCGCCUCUCCGAUGCCGUCCAGGAGCGGCUCGUGACGCUGGCUGAGAAGGCGCUGGAGAUCCGUGGCGACAGCGACAAAUGGAGCCAGGACCCGUGGAUGCAGCAGCUGGACUGGUCUGGCCAAGAGAUCCGCAUGGUCAAGGGCAAGAAGAAGAACGACCCGCCGCGGCCAGCAGCACGCCAGAAGAAGCCCGGCAUGCCGCAAUGGUACAAGGACCUCUUUGCCAAAAACGACUCGCCCAUCAACAUUUCGGUUCGGACGCGCAUUGCUCCGCUGCUCCUCCGCCUGGCCUGGGACGGCCACCCGCUCUUUUGGUCAGACAAGUACGGGUGGACGUUUCGUGUGACGCGAGAGGAGGCCGCUGACUAUGACGAGAAGCAGAUGCUGCGAUGCGACAUGGCCGACGAGCCCGUGGAGCUUCUCAGGAACGACCGGCGCUAUGUGUACUUUAAGCUGCCGCACAAGGACGGCCCCACAGCGCGCUGCGCCAGCCCCAUGGCCAAGAGUUACUUGGCGUACUUUGAAAAGGGCACGCUGUCGUCCGAGUAUGCGUAUGCGAAAGAAGCGCUCGAGAUGAACGCGUCGUGCUCGUACUGGAUCAGCGCGCGCGACCGCAUCAUGUCGCAGCUUGUCGUGUACAACGAACAGCUGCCCGCCAGCGCAGCAUCGCCACCCGAUGAUGGAUCUGGGUUCAUCUUGCCCCAGGUCAUCCCCAUGGGUACCAUUACGCGGCGUGCCGUCGAAAACACAUGGUUGACGGCCAGCAACGCCAAGAAGAACCGUGUCGGGUCGGAACUGAAGGCCAUGGUGCAAGCACCGGACGGCUACUCGUUUGUCGGUGCCGAUGUCGACUCGGAGGAGCUGUGGAUUGCGAGCGUGGUGGGCGACGCGACGUUUGGCCUGCAUGGCGGCAACGCGAUUGGAUUCAUGACGCUCGAGGGCACCAAGGCGGCUGGCACUGACCUGCACUCGCGAACGGCGGACAUUUUGGGCAUUACACGCAACGACGCCAAGGUGUUCAACUACGGGCGCAUCUAUGGCGCAGGACUCCGGUUUGCGGCACAGCUGCUCCGGCAGUUCAACCCGUCGCUGUCCGAGGCCGAGACGAUUGCGAUCGCGACGAAGCUGUACUCGGCGACCAAGGGCACACGCACGACCCGCCGCGCGCUGUACAAGCGGUCGUUCUGGCGCGGCGGCACAGAAUCGUUUGUGUUCAACCGCCUGGAAGAGUUUGCCGAGCAGGAACGCCCACGCACGCCAGUACUAGGUGCAGGCAUCACAGAGGCCCUCAUGGGCCGGUUUAUCAGCAAGGGUGGCUACCUGACGUCGCGCAUCAACUGGGCGAUCCAGUCGUCUGGGCAGGACUACCUGCACCUGCUGAUUGUGUCUAUGGACUACCUGAUUCGGCGGUUCAACAUCCAGGCACGUCUGGCGAUUACGGUGCACGACGAGAUCCGGUAUCUUGUGCGCAACGAAGACAAGUACCGCGCGGCCAUGGCGCUGCAGGUGGCCAACCUGUGGACACGGGCCAUGUUUGCGGAGCAGGUGGGGAUCCGUGACCUGCCGCAGGCCUGUGCGUUCUUCUCGGCCGUGGACAUUGACCACGUGCUGCGCAAGGAGGUGGACAUGGACUGCGUGACGCCGAGCCAUCAGACCGCCAUUCCGCCGGGCGAGAGCCUGGACAUGCAGACAUUGCUGGACCGUGGCGCCGAAGCGUUCUUGGACCCGGCCAUUGUGCCAGACGCGCAGCACGCGCCGCAGCUCGAGGGCAUUGCGUACACGCCGCGCAAGCCGGUGAUGGAGACGCUGCGAGAGCAGGACAACAGCACGACGGACGUGGCGUUCAUCCGGGCUCAGAUCACGGCCGACGAAAAGGAGUUGAAGGACAUUCUUACCGCGAAGCGCAAAGAACUCGCACCGACGUCUACGAGCAAGUCGUCGAAAUCCAAGACGACGGCGGCGGCGGGGACGGCGGCAACGACGAAACGGUCGUACUCGAAGCGGUCUGUGUUCCCGUACUAUGCCAGCCCACAGCUGAUGCCGAUGGAAGAGCCCAUCUCGGUGACUGAGGCGCUGUCCUUUGGCGGCAGCGGCGGCGGUGGCCACGACGGCAACAGCAGCCGGUUCGCACAGGUAGUCGACAGCAGCUACGACGACUUUAAUUUCGGCGCUCGCAACAGCUCGCCCAGCAACGGCAGCGGCAACAGGUGGGCGUGGACAGCCAACAGCGCCGGCGGCGGCCAUGGCAACGCCCACGGCAAGUAUGGCAAGGUGUCGACACGCGGCUCGCGCAUCUAA